AUGACUACGCCGAACUUCCCUGUGCCGACAUCGUUUCCAGUGUCCAAGAGUGGUAGCCAAGAGGAAGAGAAGAAAGCAUGCUUCAACUACAAAGUAGAGCUUGGCUUGAUGCUUCAGGAUCUUGACCCUGCCAUGGACCCUAAGGAGAUCAAACGCAUUGUUUCGAACCGUGUUUCGGGUCAGAAGUCAAGGUGGAAGAAACGUCAGUAUAUUGAUGAUUUAGAGAAGCGAUCAAGGGAGCUUCAUCUGCAGGUGAGUGAUUUGCGUACCCAAGUAACAAUAACAAGUGAGUGGAAGCGACGUUCAGAGGUGGAACAAAUGGAGCUUAAGGAGUAUUUGGCUGUUUGGAAUCAACAUAAAAUCUACCAAGAAGGUGUGACUCAGGCGCGUAAUGCAGAGAUAGAGAGUUUGAAGAGACAAUUGACGCAUAAAGCAGAGAUGAAGAGUUUGAAGAAGCAAUUGGCUCCAUCAAAUUGA